CUGCCCUUGACAAAUUGGAUUUUGGGGAUGGGAAGGUCGCUGGGGCCUAUUGUCUCUUGACUGUUCGGAGCGGUUCAUUGUGCGUGAGGGUGAGGGAAAGUCUCCAUGUGACCAUUUCGAAGGGUUCUACAGCUGCUAAAAGAGCGCAACUCUCUCAUAGCGCGCUGCUCGCCCUUGCGCAUUAAUGUGCCGAGGGGUACCUGACUGCGCCAUAAGAAAAGCCGGACACACCACCGCGUCACUUGGCGGGGGGAUAUUAGUCUGUCCUCAUCUCAGACUCUCUGCUCAUCUCAAUCAGUGCCUGCUUGGACUUCCUGGUUCUGACAGCGCAGCCCCACACAGAGUCAGCCAUGCAAGCGACUCGGACACCCACUAUCAGUGUGGUCGCCGACUGCAGCAUCCCAGCCGGGCUUCGGAUAGGACCGGUCCCGGGCAUCUUCAAACUGGGGAAGUAUGUUUCGGACCGCAAGGAACUUGGAGUGAAAAAGAAGAUUCGUCUGGUGAGGGGAGAAUUCGUGGAUGAGUCUGGCAGUGCAGUCCCAGAUUGGAUCGGUUUAAUACGCCCGGCCAGGAACAGUCAAGAACAGAACCUCGAGGCAGUCUCGGAUUUAUCUGGAGGACAGAUAUUCUACCGUGUGCUGAGAGAAAUACAGGCUGGAGAAGAAUUGAGUGUUUGGUAUUCCAACGCGCUGGCGCAAUGGUUUGACAUUCCUACGACUGCAACUCCAACACAUGACGAAAAAGGCGAGGAGCGCUACAUUUGCUGGUACUGCUGGAGAAUAUUCAAAUACCCAAAUACCCUGAAAGCUCACGUGCAUUUCCAUUGUGCGUUGAACAACGGCAGAAGUUUGGCGAACAACGAUCAAGCUAGGGCCACAGACAACUUUAACAGAUCUCCGAAAUCAGGGGACAUCCCAAAUACGUCCUCCUCUCCAAGAAACGGUCACAGCACUUUCAUGUCAGACGCAGUGAAACGCAUCGUGUCCACCUCACCAUUCCCCAAUAAAACGGGACUAUCGAAAAAACCGAGCGCAGAGGAGCAGGACAGAGCCCUUGACAUGACCGUGACCUCCACCAGGAACCCCGGACACAUCCUGGGCCUCGGCGGAACAUCUUCUGUGCUCAACAGCAUGGGUUUCCAUCCCGGCGUGCGCUCUGCUUUCAAACCAAUGGGACUUUCGAAGAUCUCCCCGGCUGAGAUAGUGAGAGAUGAGCCUAAUGGGAAACCAAACAAUAUCGGGUUUAGCAAACUACUAGGGAACAUCAAGUCACCACUAGCUAACGUCCAGCCUUCAAAAUGCGCGCACUCCAUGGACAGCACACCUCCCGUGAUCCCCUGCGCAAACAGCAUCCGUGGCUUUCCUCUACUGCCACAUUUUGAGGAGACCUCUGCUUUCAAGCACGUUGACAGCCGCAUGCACCCUGCCCUGUCCCCCUCGCGCUACUCCCAGCUACCGACCGGCUUUCACUUCGAGAGGUUCUCCUUGCCACAGUUUGAUGGGGGGAAAUCCUACAAUGGGGACUGCAACAUACCCCUCAUGCCAUUCACUGUUUACAACGGAGAGCUGCUUUAUAGCUCCCCAUACUAUCCUCUUAAAUUUCACUUCGGCAACCUGCUUAAAUACCCAGACUACUUUGGUGCACCAGCUCUGAAUCCAGAUCUAAACGCGAUUACGAAUAUCGACAGGGAGAUAGCGAUGCACACGCAACAGCUGUCUGAAAUCGCCGUAGAGAAGAACCGUUCACGACUUGAGUCUCUGCCCGCAUCUAACCCAAACUCGGGCAAGCCAAAAAAGGGACAUUUGUGCCUAUAUUGUGGCAAAUUGUACUCUCGAAAAUACGGGCUGAAGAUUCACAUGAGGACUCAUACAGGCUACAAACCACUCAAAUGUAAAGUGUGUUUUAGGCCCUUUGGCGAUCCCAGCAAUCUCAACAAACACAUCCGACUGCACGCGGAGGGCAAUACGCCGUACAGGUGCGAGUUCUGCGGGAAGGUGCUCGUGCGCAGGCGAGAUUUGGAGAGGCAUGUCAAAUCGAGGCAUCCUGGUCAAAGCAUCAAAAAAUCCGACGACAAAAUGGAAGGCAUCUUUGAAGAUACCGAACAAAAAAGCGACAACGACAGCGACGUCGACGUUUGCUUCACAGAUGAUCAGAGCGACCAGGAAUCGAGUAAACACAAUGAUUAAUGGACCAAUUUCUGGACAUAUUGAAAUAGACUUUACUCUUAAGUAGCUAAAUUAUGCAUGUAUAUAAAUUAGUUAUGAAUUGUUUGUUUAUUUUAUAAAAUUAUUGUUAAAAAGAAAAUCUUGCAGAAGCAAAUAUUCCCCUAGUAAAUUAAAUAAUUUUGUGAAGGAGGCACUCAUGAAGUUAAUGUCAUAACAUGCUUAUUGGUAUUGAGGACAUCUCGGCACCCCAAUGUGGAGUUGCACUUUAUAAAGACGGAGUUAUUCCAUAUAACAGACGAGUUUGCGUUUUAUUGUUUUUUUGUUUACCUGUCAAAUCCGCACUUUUUAUUGCCAAAAGCAUUUAACUAAUUCUGUAUAAACUGAUUUAGAUUAUUAUUUUUUUUUUUCGCAGAACA